CUGAUAUCUAGGUGCAAAAGAGGCUGAUGAACCAGCAGGUUGUGCCAUUCAAAUGUUCAGAUGUAAUCACAAAGUAGUGUUUUACAUAUACUGUGUUGAAUGUGCUCCUGCAACCCCCUGCGGGGAUUCUCAGCUUCUCAACCGUUCUGUUCCUGAUGGACCACAGCAUUCUAAAUGGCGUCAGAAAAGGCAACAAGGCUUCAAGGCCCUGCGGUCGCGGAACCAGCUUCUUCGAUUUUGGCUGCCCAUCUUGCGCCUCACCUGUCUCCUAGCCCAAAUCAGAGACAUGCGAUCAGCCGAGAAACUUUCUCCCAGCUACGUCAGGAAAUUUUGGGCCAAGAUGAAGGGAGCCAAUUUAAUCUGGAAGACAAUAUCACCGACGUACAUAACUUGAUAUGCGUCGUGGUAAAAGCUGGCCUACAGCCGUCUUUUAGAUCUCGGGUUUUGGGAGAAGAAUUGGAGGGACAGAUCUUAGAUUGUCUUGAUAUUAUACGAUUGGCAGUGCGCAGAUGUCCCCAGGUCCUGCACGAAAUAUCCGACCCUGAAAUCCUUGGGAAGAAAGAUAUUCAUGCGCCUCUGUUUGCCUGGCUUAUUCAUGAGCUGUUUUCUCUCCUCUUCAUAUGGGGCCAGUGCUCUAUAAAAGACAAGAUUUAUAGCCUCCUAUCAACUAUUUAUGUUUCCCAAUUCAAAGGGCCCCAACUAUGGCAUUCAUCUCGGUCAGUGCAUACACUGAUCCAAGCUUGUAUUGGUGAUGUACUAUAUUCACUGGAAGCCGUUGGUGCUUCAGAGGUCGGGUGUAACGCCCCGUUGUAUUUCCCCGGACCCUCACGUAUCUUGUCGACUUGCCUGGACAAGUUGUCUCUCCCGCGCUCGAUGUUUACCAGAAGGGUCAAGUUAGGAACCCCGGGAGACGCCAUUAAGCUUUGCCUUCAACUACUCGAGGCGGUAGCCUGCCCUCCGUUCCAUAUUACUCUGCCAGCAUCUGGCAUAGCCAAUCUUCGCCGGGUUCUUACUUGGGUGCUUUACUGUCAACAAAAGUUAUGGGCCGUUAUGCUCGAAUGGCUGCAAGUCUCAACGACCACACAAGUAGAAGAACAGUUGGGGAGCCUUCUUGACUUUGUCACGCUCUCGCGCAAGUUAUACUCGCACUCGUUGAAAGUGUCACAAGGGUUAUGUCUAGACCAACAGGCGAGGCAAAUAUGGUUGCAGUGUGGAAUCGAUUUGCUGAACUCCACGAAACUUUAUCAAAUUAUGGAUGUCCAACAAGCACUAAGCCAGCUGCUUAGUGAUGCUAUACGGCUUUCUCUUAGUUCUCCUGAAGUUGGCCGUUUCAUUGAGGAUCACUUCUCUGAGCCCCUGUUUGAUCGCAGGCAGGAUGACGCAGGGUUUCGGAAAUUGCAUCAGUCAUUUCAGGGAUUCCACCACAUUGGAGCUUCAGCUGAUGCGAAAUUACCUGCUCUUCCACACUCCAGGACUCAAAGCGGUAAUCCAAUGACUCUGUCCAUCCCGAAAUCUCCAAGCCGGCCAAUUUUCGAGGAUGGUAACACUACUGAGAGCGAUCGAGCAAGGAAAAGACCCCGACUCUCUAACCCAGAGGAGGAAACGCCCGUCACAGACCUCGUACAGACCGUUACAACCACUGUAUACCAUCUACUGUCUUCUCAUCCAACAACAGGUAUAGAUGGGCUAAGUCAAAUCGUUUUAAAUGCUCUACCGAAGCUAUCAGAGGAGGACCAAUGUGAGGUUUUAACUAUGAUUGGGAGGAUUGCCUGUGCUGGUGCGGGAAGUUUGGUGAUGGAGCAGCCAAGCAAUGUUACUGGGCCUCAAUUCCGAUGUUUGAUUUGCGAUAGUAUUUCACCGAGACUCCCUAACAAUCGGCCUCAGGAGAGCUCACAUUUCAGCGAAAUAUGUAAAACUAUAACUGAAAUAAUUCCCGUUGUUCAAGGAUCUAGGAAGGCUCGAAUAGCCGCCAUGUUUGGGAUUAGGAAUAUUGUGAUGCAUGAUCCAAAAAACGAAAAUGUUGCACUACAUUCAUCCCCAUUGGGCGAAUGGUGUCUUCAAUCCCUCCGCAGCUCCCUCAGAGAGCUGAGGAUGGCUGCAGGACAAACUUUACCUGCCUUUCUACGAGCAAACCUGAGCUCAGAUAUUCGUCGGGCUAAUUUCGUAAUUGCGCUAGAAUAUUUACAAAAUGUUCUCGAAAAAGUUGAUAUGCCAAUUCAAGAAACCUCGAUCAUGGCUUUGGGUCGUUUAGCAGAGGUUUCUGGGGAUGAGGAAAUGAACAUCAUUCUUCUUCGUCUUUUCGAAUAUCUUGGUCAUCCAAAUCCAUUCAUUAGUGCUAUUGCUUAUACCGGGCUUUCAAAACUUGCCCAGCAUCUAGGAGUGACCCCGGGUGCCCUUUGUAGGCCAUUUUGGAGGACACUCUCUGUUGUGAUUGUAAAAAACAUCCACAGUCGACCACAAAUGGCGGAUCAGCUGUGCGACCUUCUUGGUAUGAAGGUAGAUAAUUUCUUGAGGCUGACCGAAGUUCACGUUUUGCCAUACCUUGUCUUGAUGAGAAAGUCCGACAUUAUAGCACGCAUCGGGGCCACAUAUGAUGAGAAACAAUCCCCUUACCAGCUUUGCACAAGAAAGAAUAAUUUAGCGUCGAUUCUCACCCUGCUGUUAACCCAGCCGACAAGCGAUCAUAAUGCGAUGGUUGUAUCAAUUUUUAACGAGAUGUCGCCCGAGUUUCAGGUCCACGAUUUAGCAGGAUGGGUUCGAGCGGAACCAAUUCUUAUUGCUUGCGAGCUUCUCAAAGGGUUGGGGGAUUCUACUAAUGCCGAAAGAUCCAAGUAUUACAAAGCGCUCAAGCUUCUUGCAUCCCUUACACCGCGAAAGCCAGAGCAAGGAAUUGAUUCUUUAAACAGAGAAGAGCUGGUCGCAAAUUUCAUUGAAGAACAUGUUUUAGGGAUCAUUACCGAGUUCGCCCACGUCGUUAACGAUUUUCAAAUCCGACAGCCUAUUGUAGAGAAGAAGAGGAAUAUAAUCGCUAUUGGAGAGAUGGUAAAGAUAGCGAAAGGUAAUAUUACCAUCGCUCUACCACAGAUUUGUGCUUGCUUGCGAUCAGCAUUAGAUAUACCGGAGCUUUGUGAUCAAGCUUUUGCGUCGUGGAGUAUCAUCAUGACUUCGCUCGAUGAGGUCGAGAUCGAACCCCUGAUCGACCAGACAUUUUCGAUCAUUAUCAAAAAUUGGGACACAUUCCAGCUAGAGAGCAGGGAACGGGCAUUUAGCCUUGUCGGUCACAUUUUGACUGAGCAUAAGGCUGUUGUGAAAAAUGCUUUCGAUACCAUGCCCUCGCUAUCAUCUAUCCCCUCCAUGGCGGAAUACGAGAAAGAGAUCCAGAAGCUUAAGGGGCGAAUGGACCUUCAAACCCGAUUCAAGACAUUCUGCCGACGAUGUCAAAAUGAGAACCAAGUAGUUGUUGAACAAGCACUGAAGGAGCUUGACCGAGAAUUGCUGGAAAACGAGGAAUUUAUUCACCGGGUCAUUACUAACGAACAGCUGGACGGUAUCGUGGCCCAGUUAACCCGUUCAUUAUUGGAUUGUAGCUCCAAAUUUAAUCCCACAUCUCCUACAAUAAUGAACCUCUCUGCACGGUGUCUGGGCCACAUUGGAUGCUUGGACCCCAAUCGAAUCGAAUUGGUUAAAGAAAAGAAGGAUAUCCUCGUUUUGUCGAACUUCGAUAGUGCGGAAGAAACUUUAGAUUUUAUAUUAUUUUUCCUCCAGCAUGUUUUGGUCGAGGCCUUCCUAUCAGCCUCGAAUACCAGAGCUCAGGGUUUCCUUGCAUACGCUAUGCAGGCGCUGCUGAAACUUUGCAAUCUGGAUUUGGUCAUUCAUCCCCGUUCGCAAGACAGCCAAGCAAAUGAGUAUUACCGACGGUGGCUUUCGUUGCCUGAAUAUGUGAGAAACACUUUGACACCGUUUCUAAGUUCAAAAUAUACUGUUACAAUUGGCGCCAUAAGCACAAGCUGUGAUUACCCUUUGUUUUCAUCGAAACUAAGCCAUCCUGAGUGGCUCCGAACUUUUACACUCGACAUGCUACAAAAAGGGAAAGGCGAAAAUGUGGUUAUAAUUUUCAGCGUCAGCAGCAGGAUCAUACGAAGUCAAGACAUAUCUAUCGCCGCAUUUCUUCUCCCCUUUGCAGCUCUGAAUCUGGCGCUCAGCGGUGAUCAGAAUCAAAGGGACGAUUUAAAGAAGGAGUUGCUAAAUGUCCUCCAGUACCCGCUUCCCGAAAAUAAUCAUCAAAUCAGAGAAAACAUAAUUUUGUGUAGUGAGAGCGUUUUUUCGGUUCUUGAUUACCUAUCUCGAUGGCUCCAUGGAAAGAAAAAAGAAUAUACUAGCCUUGCUGUUGCCAUCAAUCAUCGGUCAAACCGAGAUCCAGUGCUUAAUUCAUGGGCAUCUCAAAUAAAACUCGUUGAGGAGCUUCUCUCCUGUGUACCUGCUGAGAUCAUAUCGAAGCGGGCGGUCGAAUGCAAAUCCUUCUCAAGAGCACUUUUCCAUUGGGAGCAGUAUAUACAACAGCAACAACAACAGCAUCAGAAGGGUGACACAAAUGUCGCUAACCUUGAACCUCUUUAUCAAAGGCUGCAGGAAAUAUAUACGCAAAUCGACGAACCGGAUGGUAUAGAAGGUAUUUCCGCUUAUCUUCAUGUUCUUAAUAUUGACCAGCAGAUACUUGAGCACCGCAAAGCGGGCCGAUGGGUGGCGGCUCAAAGUUGGUAUGAGUUGCAGCUCAAAACAGACCCGACAAACGGAUAUGCCCAGGAAAAUUUAUUGACAUGCCUGAAGGAGUCAGGCCAACACGUUGGUCUUCUCAACCAAUUCGACACCCUCGAGUUGGCGAAGUCCACGCUACCGAAAAUGCUCCCCAUCGCUAUGGAAGCAUCAUGGUUGACCGGUAGAUGGGACAGAUUGGAUAAUUACGUGAGGAUAGCCUCUGAUCAAGCUGUUGGGGACUUUAAUGUUGCAAUAGGCUCAGCUCUUAGUAUGCUCCGUCAUGGGAAACUCGGAAAAUUCAAAGAUACAAUCACGAAGUUACGUCUUAACGUCGCGAAAGGAUUCACAUCAAAUUCAGUGGCAUCGUUCCAUGCAAGUCAUGAUAACGUCCUUAAACUCCAUGCUCUUGCCGAAAUCGAGCUACUCACGUCUCCAGCUCCCAAAACUCGAGAGGAUCGAAUCGCACUUUUUGAGACAUUGGACCGUCGAUUGGAUAUUCUUGGUGGAUGUAUCGCUGAUAAACAAUACCUUCUCGGGUUGAGGCGAGCAACAAUGGAAUUGACCUCUUCGUUUGAUUCUUCCGACCUUGCCUCACUUUGGCUGCGUGUCGCUCGUCUUGCUCGUAAAGCAAACUGCACGGAGCAGGCAUUCAAUGCCGUUCUUCAUGCUCAUGAGCUUGAUGAUACGUCAGCUACUAUUGAACACGCUAGGCUUUUGUGGAAAGAAGGUCACCAUAGAAAGGCAAUACAGACUUUAGAAGGUGCGAUUGCAGCAAAUGCAUUUACUGCUCAUGAUUACGCUCCGUCAGAAGAGACAUUUCUAUCAGUAGCCCCUGAUCGACAACAGAAGCAAAACAUGGUUACAGCUAGGGCACAUCUUUUGCUCGCAAAAUGGAUGGAUAGCGCUGGCCAAACACAGUCAGAAGUUAUCGUUCAAAGGUACAGGCAGGCUAUUAAAUUCCAUAGUCGGUGGGAGAAAGCACACUAUUACCUAGGGAGGCAUUACACGAAAAUCCUGGAUUCAGAAAAGUCAAAGCCUUUGGGUAAAGAAGCACAAAUAUACUUGAGUGGUGAGGCGUCAAAACUUGUUAUUGACAAUUUUCUUCGUUCACUCGCCCACGGCAACAAAUAUGUCUUCCAGACUCUACCCAAAGUUUUGACUUUAUGGUUGGAGCACGCUACUGCUGUGGACCAACCAUUCGAUCCUAAGAGGGGUGAUAAUGAGGAAUUUCAAAAAUACAGCAUGGCUCAGAGAAAAAAAUGCCUUGAUGACAUGCAUACGCAGUUGCGCAAAUACUUCAAUCGGAUACCUGCUGCAUUGCUUUUCACCAUCCUCCCGCAAGUAGUCGCUCGAAUUUGCCAUAGCAACUCAACCGUGUACAAUAUCCUCACUCAGAUUGUGGUAAAAACAGCAAAUUCAUUCCCACAGCAAGCCCUAUGGACUGUUCUUGCAGUGUUGAAGUCCUCGUCUAAAGAUAGGGCAUCUCGGGGCAUGUCGUGCCUUCAGAAGAUAACGGAGGCUACCAAAAAAAUGAAAACCGACAUGUCAGCUUCGGAGCUCCGGAGUAUCAUUAACCAAGGGCAGCGACUUUCGGAGGAAUUGUUGAAGUUGUGUAACACAUCCAUUGAAGAUAAGACUCCAAAGGUUAGCCUGGCAAGAACCCUUGGCUUCAACCACAGGACGGCACCCUGCAGACUUGUUAUACCGUUAGAAGCAACCUUGACUCCAGUAUUACCCACGAACCAUGAACCGUCCUUUUUGAAAUCAUUUCGAGCUUUCCCUCAUGACCCCAUUACCAUUGAAACCGUUCUCGACGAUGCUCUCGUUCUCAACUCGCUGCAGAAACCCCGUAAGAUCAGUAUCCGGGGCUCAGACGGAAACAUUUACAGCCUCCUAUGCAAGCCAAAAGAUGAUCUUCGCAAAGACCAGCGGUUGAUGGAGUUCAAUAGCAUGAUUAACCGAUUUUUGAAACGGGAUGUUGAGUCAAGCAAGAGACGUCUAUACAUCAAAACUUAUGCGGUAACUCCGUUAAACGAAGAAUGUGGGCUUAUUGAAUGGGUUGACAACCUAAGGACUUUGAGAGAGCUCGUGACCAGGCUUCUCAAGGAAAGGGGGAUUACUCCGAACUACAAGGAAAUCGGGCACUAUCUGAAUGAAGCAUGUACGGAUCCAUCAAAGCUUCAUCUUUUCACCAACAAAAUCCUAGCAGCUUAUCCUCCGGUUCUACAUGAAUGGUUUGUUGAAAUGUUCCCCGAGCCUGGUGCAUGGUUCACUGCACGUUUGAAAUACACUAGGAGCAGCGCUGUGAUGUCCAUGGUCGGCUAUUGCUUGGGUCUCGGAGACAGGCAUGGCGAGAAUAUACUCUUCGAGGAGAAUAGCGGCGGGGUACUCCAUGUUGAUUUUAACUGUCUUUUUGACAAGGGAUUGACAUUCGAUAAACCCGAAUUGGUUCCAUUCCGGUUGACGCAAAAUAUGAUCAACGCAUUCGGAGCAUAUGGAUAUAAUGGACCAUUCCGAAAGACCUGCGAGCUCACACUUGGCUUGUUACGACAAAACGAGGAUUCGCUCAUGACCAUCCUGGAGACCUUCCUACACGAUCCCACAACAGACUUUAUUGGCAGAAAGAAACGAACAAACCCGAAAGUCCCAGAUACACCCGAAGGGGUCCUCGAGUCUGUACGAAACAAACUGCGAGGCUUGCUGCCUGGCGAAUCCGUUCCGCUAUCUGUAGGUGGCCAUGUGGAGGAGCUGAUCAUUCAAGCCACAAGUAUAAAGCAUCUGGCUGCUAUGUACAUCGGGUGGUGCGCUUUCUUCUGA